GUUACCAGCCAGGCUGCAGCAUGGGGCCGUGCCUGGUGCUGCUGGCGGCGCUGCUGGCCGCGCUGCGCUCACGAGUACUGUCACAAAUCACAGUCCCACUGCAACUGCCCCCAAACACAACAGGAGAGUCGGGCACGCUGUCCUACGUCCUCACGAUAGAGGGGAGGCCGUACACCAUUCACCUCCAGCAGCAUCUCUUUAUACCGGAUGAUUUUAGGAUUUAUAUGUCUAAUGAGAUGGAGUCUUUGAAAUCUGAUUUGACCCAUAUCAAGGGCGACUGCUACUACCGCGGGUACAUCGAGGGCGUCCCCAGCUCGGCGGUGACUCUCAGCACCUGCUCCGGGCUCAGGGGCUUGCUGCAGUUUGAGAAUGCCAGCUAUGGGAUCGAGCCUCUGGUUAAUUCACCCGUCUUCGAGCACUUCAUUUAUCAAAUGAGCAACGAGAACACUGCAGGCUUCCUCUUUGCAAAGAGCCGUGCCGAGAGCGGGGCCAGGCCAGCAACGCAGGAGAUGGUGCUGAAGAUCGUGUACGGUGAACCAGCAUUAUCUGCAGCACGGUCUCCUAAGUACUUUGAGGUGUACACGGUUUUGGACAAAGCUUUGUACAAUUAUAUGGGCUCAGACAAGAAAGUUGCAACAUGGAAGAUAAUCCAGAUUUUCAAUUUUGUCAACAAUAUAUUUAAUCCUCUGAACGUGACCAUUGUUCUGUCCUCCCUGGAGUUCUGGAUAGAGGAGAAUAAAAUCUCGACAGCAGGGGAAGCCGAUGAACUUCUGCAGAGAUUUUUGGAGCGGCAGCAGUCAUACCUCGCCCUGCGGUCGUAUGACAUCGCCUGCCUCUUUGUGUACCGGGACCAAGCUUCCUUUGCUGGUGCGACCGUUCCGGGCAAGGCGUGUCGGAGGGAUGCUGCAGGUGCAGUGGCCGUGUACCAGCGCAGCGUGACCCUGGAGUCGUUCUCCGUCCUCCUGGCCCAGAUGCUGGCCCGCAGCUUGGGCAUGAGCUACGACAACAACAGGGGCUGCCGCUGCCCCGGGCACAUCUGCGUCAUGGACUCGGAGGCGCUACACGUCGGCGGGGCAAAAUCUUUUAGCAGCUGCAGCGUUGGAGACUUUGAGAACUUCCUCGAGCGCGACGCAGGGGACUGCCUCUUCGACAGGCCCCGCCUGGCCGGGUUGUCCUACCGGCAAGCCGCCGUCUGCGGCAACGGCGUGGUGGAGCGUGGCGAGCAGUGCGACUGCGGCUCCGCAGCGGCAUGCUUGAAGGAUAAAUGCUGUACUAAAACGUGUCGGUUUAAGCCAGGAGUGAAAUGUUCCUCUGGAUUGUGCUGUGAUGGAUGUCAGUUUAAAGCGAAAAACUCGCUGUGUCGCCCUCCCGCCGACGUGCAGUGUGACCUGGCCGAGUACUGCAACGGGUCCUCCGCGUCCUGCCCCCCCGAUUUCUACGUGCAGGAUGGGCACGACUGCGAGCACGGCACCGGGUACUGCUACAAGGGACGCUGCCAGUCUGCUGACCUGCAGUGCCGGAGGCUCUACGGGACAGGUUCAAAAAGUGCUCCUGUGGCAUGUUAUGAGGAACUCAACAGUCAGCGAGACAGAUUUGGACACUGCGGGUUCCACCCCAGACAAGGCUAUAGGGCCUGUACGUGGAGGAAUCUCAGAUGUGGAAAGUUAAUCUGCACAUAUCCGUAUAGCACUCCAUUUGCAACUGAUGCUGCCGCUGUCCUUUAUGUCCAAGUGCGAGAGCAUUUAUGUAUAUCUUUGGAUUAUUUGAAUGUACCAGCGAGGCUGGAUCCUCUUCUCAUUCCGCCAGGUACAAAGUGUGGCUCUGGAAAGGUGUGCAUAAACAACACCUGCCAUCCCCAUUCAGUCCUCGGAGCUGACUGCAACAGCGAGGUGGAGUGCCACGGCCACGGCGUGUGCAACAACCAGCGGCGCUGCCGCUGCCACCCGGGCUGGAAGCCGCCCGACUGCCGCCGGAGGGGCUCCCCGCCGGGCGGCAGCGCCGACAGCGGCCUGGGGCCGGCCGAGCGCGGUGAGUCCCGCGGCCGGGCCCGGCGCCACGGCGGCUCCGCGGCC